GCUGCGCGGGGCUCCGGGCGCCGGGGGGCCAUGCGCCGGGCCGCGCCGGCAGCCCGGGGACCCGGCGCAACUUGCCAGGCAGCCUGAGGAGUUGGGGCGGCCGCGGCGGCCGGCCGCCUUUCUUCCCCCUCGCCAGACCCCCCUCCCUUUCGGCCGUGGGGGAGGGGGCUCGCGUUCCCCCUCCCCGGAGACCCGGUCCGCCCCCGCCCGCUCCUGCUCCAGCGGAGCGGCGCAACUUCCCGGGAGCCGGGGCCAAAGUGAGCGAAAAGUGCUGCCCAAGUUGCCGGGAUGGAGCUGCAGAGCCGGCCCGAGGCGCUCGCCGUGGAACUCGCGCGCCACCAGAACGGCGACCUCAAGAAGCAGCUCCACGAGAGGCAGCCUCGGAUCGCCGCGCUCAGCGACAAACAAGCUUUGGGAACCAUCACUGCAGUGCCUGUCACGGGUCCUCAGGUCAGCUCCUUGCAGAGGUUGGCCGGGCAAGGAGCGGCAGAGCUACCUCAGGUUAGGCCAAAGACUCUGAUUCCAGACAGCCUCCCCGUCACCCCGGGCCGGGACCGGCCACCUAAGCAGCCCCCAACAUUCCAGAAGGCCACCGUGGUCAGUAUCAAGAACCCCAGCCCAGCCCUCCCCACUGCCAACAACACCGUGAGCCAUGUGCCAACACCCGGCAGCCAGCCCCUCGCCGAGUCCGCCGCCGUCACCUCUCCUCUGAGCAGUGCUGGCGUGGCCUACGCCAUCAUCUCCACCGCCCCCAGCAAUGCCGCCGCCAUGGCCCCCAGCACCGCCGUGUCCGUGGUCAGCGACAGCAUCAAAGUCCAGCCCCUCCUCAUCAGUGCCGACAACAAGGUCAUCAUCCUUCAGCCUCAAGUGCAGAUGCAGCCUGAGAGCACGGUGGAGUCGCAGCCGCCCACGGAGGAGCCAUCUCAGGGAGCUCAGGCCACCAAAAAGAAGAAGGAAGACCAGCCCCCAAGCCAGGAGAACCCCGAGAAAAUCGCCUUCAUGGUAGCGCUGGGCCUGGUGACAACGGAACACUUGGAAGAAAUCCAGAGCAAGCGCCAGGAGCGCAAGAGGAGGAGCACAGCCAAGCCCGCCUACAGCGGCCUCCUGGAGACAGAGAGGAAGCGGCUGGCGUCCAACUAUCUCAACACACCCCUGGUCCUCACAGCCAGAGCCAAUGAGGACCCCUGCUGGAAGAACGAGAUCACCCACGAUGAGCACUGUGCCGCCUGCAAGCGAGGGGCCAACCUGCAGGCCUGUGGCACCUGCCCAGGGGCCUACCACCUCAGCUGCCUGGACCCGCCCCUCAGGACGGCGCCCAAGGGCGUGUGGGUGUGCCCCAAGUGCCAGCAGAAGGCCUUAAAGAAAGAUGAAGGUGUGCCCUGGACCGGGAUGCUGGCCAUUGUGCACUCCUACGUCACCCACAAAACAGUCAAAGAAGAGGAGAAGCAGAAGCUGCUGCAGAGAGGCAGUGAGCUGCAGAGCGAGCACCAGCAGCUGGAGGAGCGGGACCGGCGCCUGGCCUCGGCGGUGAAGAAAUGCCUGGAGCUUAAGACGAGCCUGCUGGCCCGGCAGAGGGGCACCCAGUCCUCCUUGGACCGCCUGCGGUCCCUCCUGAGACGGAUACAGGGCGAGCAGAUGCUCCAGGUCACCAUGACGACCACCAGCCCCGCCCCGCUGCUGGCGGGGCCCUGGACCAAGCCCUCAGCAGCUGCCAUGCACUCUGCCCUCCAGCACCCUCAGGGGCACAACUGACCCCGAGGGACCCGUCUUCACACCCACGGAAAGUUACUGGGACCCUGCUCACGAGACCUGAGGGUUCUGUCAGCCUUAAUUCAUAAACACUCUGAAUUUCAGACAAAAGUCAAACCAGACAGAGGGAGACAGAGGAAAGAAGGGAGAAGGAGCUGGGUGACCGUCCUGGAGCCGGGACCCGGUGGGGAUGGAGUCCUACGUCCUUCACCCUUAGUCGGGACACCCAGAAGCCAGGUGACGCACACAGUAGCCCCCACCGUGGUGGGACUGCCCAGGCCUCCGCUCCUGGGCCCAGCUGUCCCCGUGGCCUCGUGCUGCCCCCAGGCCGGUGGGAGGGAGGGAGGUGGAGGCUGUGGAGGGGCCCGGAGGCUGUGCAGCCCCAGCCCCCGCUGAGGGCAGCACCUCCCGGGGUCCUGCGGGCGGGAGCCGAGGACACGCAGACAUAGCUGAGUAGUAGGGUAGGUGGGACAGACGUGGGUAGCAAAUCUAGCUAGGACUCCAAGCCCCUCCCUCGCAGGGGUCCACCCCGGGCCCGGCACCCCCGGCGCCUUCCAGAAUCCGGGCCCCUGUCUGUCAGUAUUAUUAGCGUUCAGAUUCACAGCUGUUUGACUUGAAAGAACCCCUGUGGACAUGCGUCCCGAGGGGACACCGCCGUGCUCACCUGCUUGCCCGCCACGACGUCUUCGGAGCGCCCUCGCCGCCGGCGCCUCCUCCCUCCCUCGGAUCUCUUGGACUCACUUUGCUAUCGAUGUAUUUUUCUCAUGGACUUUUCGGGCAAGACGGAGCUGCAGCCAGGCGGCGGGGAGGGGCACCUGGCAGGUUUUCUAUUUUGGGUUGAAUCGUUCAACUUACGACGACUGAAGCCUUUUCUUUUCUCCUUUCGAAGAGCCGAUAAAGUAUUCCAUGCCUCUUUUCUUGCCAGAACAGACACUAUGCCAAAAAAUAACUUUCCAUUUUUGUAUGGCGUUUUUAUUGUGAGAUAUUUAAUGUGAAGGGGGACCCUUGCCGACUUCUUUUUCUGCUGACAGGAGUCUCUGCUGCAGGGGACG